AUGGCUGCGGCCAGUGUAAGCGGAGAAGGAAGGGGAGACGAGUGCGACUACCUGCUGAACCCGCUCCCGGCCUCCCUCCGGCGCGCCGGCAUCACCGCCUCGACCUCGGCGACCGACGGAGGGGACACGCCUCCGCUCUGCCUCGACCCGGGCAUCGCCGACUUCGACAGCAUCGAGUUCCUCACCGCCAUGCCGUCCAUGCCGCUCGUGCUCUCGGCCCCCGAGCGCGCCACCUGGGAGCAGGCCCUGGGCGACACCUUCGCCGCCAACCCCUUCCUGCGGCACAACGUCUACGCCCUCGCCGCCAUCCAGCGGUACCGCACGGCGCCCCUGCCGCAGCGCGACCUGCUCGUCGCCGCCUGCGCCCACCACGCCGAGGCCUCGCGCCUGUUCCGCGCCGCCGUCGUCGCCCUCAACGAGCGCAACUGGCUCGCCGCCUACAUGUUCGGCGUCUCCAUGACCCUCUUCUACUUUUCCGUCGUCGAGGGCGGGCCCGCCGCCGCCGCCGCCGACCCUGCGGGAGCCUACUUCCACGACCACCUCGAGACCUUCUUCGCGCUGCGCAGCAACGCCUUCCUCGCCGUGCAGCUGCAGCCGUGGUUCGACCGCAGCCCGCUCCUGCACGUCAUCGCCGGCAACAUCCUGCGGCAGACGGAGCCCCUCGACGAGGCCUGCUUCGACGCGACCGAGGAGCUGCGGCACGCCGUCGAAGAAGGGGGCGGCCGCACGCUGCCGCGCAGGCAGGCCGACCGCGCGGCCCUGCGCGACGCCGCGCGGGCCCUGCAGGAGUGGGCCGUCGACACGCAGGGCCACCCGCACACCUGGAAGCACCUGAUCUGGUGGCCGGGCCGCGUCAGCCGCGAGUUCGUCUCGCUGCUCGUGCGGGGCGAGCCCGCGGCCCUCGUCGCGCUGGUCAACUGGUGCACCGCCGUCGCGCGGGCGCCGCGCCGCUGGUACAUGGACGGCUGGGUGCUGCGGACGGCGGGCGCCGCCAUGUACGGCCUCGGCCCGGAGUGGGACCCGCCGCUGCGGUGGCCGCGGCGCGAGCUGGCGGCGCGGUUGGCCGUGUCGCGGUACCCGCCGGUUGACUUGCUUGCCGGGGGGUGA